CUAUCUACGUCUUUUCCAUACAUAUUUAUACACAAGCCACAACCACAGACUAUGUAUAGAAAUCAUAUUUCCUAUAUCAUAGAAAUUAAAUUUCCCAGAUUAAAAUUUACACAAGUACCAAUAAUGGCAGAGGUGGGACCGUUUACUAGUACCACAGCAUUUUGUGCAAGAUGUGGAUCUAUACUACCUUUACUUAAUGAUUUUGGUCUUGUUAAAUGCUAUGCAUGCAAAUCAAUUUAUGAACCAGAAAAUUUCAACAAGCUUAAAUUCAAUUACACUAUUAACUUCAACACAGUGUCUGUCAUAGCAAAUGAAAAUAUUUUAAAUUUGGACAAUCCUGAAGGCCCGGUUGUUGAGAGGAAGUGCCCUAAAUGUGGUUGUGAUAGAAUGUCAUAUGCUACACUACAGUUGAGAUCGGCUGAUGAAGGGCAGACUGUCUUUUAUACCUGUGUAUCUUGCAAGUACAAGGAAACAGAAAAUUCAUAGUUAUAAAAAUGUACUGGGAUAUAAAAAUAAAUAAUAUUAUGUUUAAAAGUUUAUUCGGUACCCUUA